AUGGAGGAGAGGGAUAUGAUAUGUCCAGUGGUGAAAUGGGAAUGUAUGGCGGCCAUGGAGGUUACGGCGGAUAUGGGGGGUAUGGAAAGAGGUACGGAGGCGGAUAUGGCGGAUAUGGAAAAAAAGUACGGAGGCGUUUGUGGCGGAUAUGGAAAAGGAUACGGUGGCGGAUAUGGAAAAGGAUACGGUGGCGGAUAUGGAAAAGGAUACGGUGGCGGAUAUGGAAAAGGAUACGGUGGCGGAUAUGGAAAAGGAUACGGUGGCGGAUAUGGAAAAGGAUACGGUGGCGGAUAUGGAAAAGGAUACGGUGGCGGAUAUGGAAAAGGAUACGGUGGCGGAUAUGGAAAAGGAUACGGAGGAAACACAGCACUGUACAUCCCCUAUGGUGUUCCUGUUGGUGCCCCUCCUGGUGCCGCUGCGGCAGCCAAUAACUAUACGAUGGUGGCGAUGAUACUCUCCUCCGUAAGUGUAACACAGUAA